CUUCCAUCUGCUGUGGGUAAUGGGUGGCAAUUGGAAUCAGAUGGGCAAUUACAUAUAUUGUGGAUGACCUGUCCAUCAGCUCCGGAGUCCCUUCUAGAAUUUGUGCAGUGCAAAUGUAAAACCGGAUGUAAGACCCAAAGAUGCUCUUGCUUGAAAUCUGGAUUGAAGUGUACUGAAGUGUGUUCCUGCUCAGAGUGCCAAAACAAUCCACAAAUAAUGGAUGGAGAAGAUGAAUCUGAUUCUUCUGAUAAUGACGAUGAAAAUGAUUAUAACUGGGACGAUGAUGACAAUAUGUUUGAUGAUUUAUCAGAAUGA